CGACAACAUAUAAUGAUAUAACACACUGAACUUUGCACCUUCCAGCUGCUACUGUUGCUCUUCUUCUCUCUGCUCUUUCUUCUUAUCCACUUCAUCACACACAAACCCCAAACCCCUAAUUUUUCACUUUAUUUAUUUAUUUAUUUAUUUUGAAAAAAAGAAAAGAAAAAAAGAAACUCUAUCACUGUUUAGUACAUUUUGAAGAGAGAUAACGGUUUUCCAAUCCAAUGGCAGAGAUUCAGCCGCCGGAGGGUCAGAUGAACGGUGGCGGAACCCUAAUUCUGAACUCUUGCGAACCCAUCGGAUCUAAGCGUCAGAGGAGGCCAAGCGUCCGAUUGGGUGACAUCGGCGGCGACCAACCCUACGAUUCCCACGCUCGCCGCAACACGAAGCCGUGGAAACUCGCCUUCGACCACUACCGCAAGGACAAGGACCCCAACGUUUCAGGUAAACCCUCCAAGACUCGACCUUUAACCAACUUGACCUCUGUUGCGGAGUUUAACGAAACCCUAGAGGGCGACGAAAGAGAAGGGAACAACAUCGAUAGCAUCGCGAUUGGUAGCUGGAAGGUGAAGGAAUCAAAGAAGAGAGGCUCCAUCGCCACCAAGAGGGUCAGAUCGAAUUGGGUUUCGAGAAUCGACGACGGCGGAGGGGAGGGAGAGGAAAAGUAUAGUGGCGGUGAGGAUGUGGAUGAUGGGUAUCGGGAAUUUGAAGUGGAAAAUUCAGAAAGCCCUUUGAAAGAACAAAGCCCUAUUCAUUCCAUGGAGAAUUUGGGGGUUGAUGGACAUAGGAGGUCCUUUAAGGGUAGGGAGGAGCAACAUGAUGGAAUUGAGCUAUCUGGACCCUCUGAUACUGAUGGAAGGGAUUGGAAAUGCGGAGGGACUAGUGUUGAUAGGAAUGAGAAUGGUGGGAGGGUGAGGUCUGGAGAAGAUGGGAUUCGGAUUUGGCUUAAUGGGUUGGGGUUAAGUCGUUAUGCACCUGUGUUUGAAGUUCAUGAGGUUGAUGAUGAGGUUUUACCAAUGUUAACACUUGAGGAUCUCAAAGAUAUGGGGAUAAGUGCUGUUGGGUCCAGAAGAAAAAUGUACUGUGCAAUUCAGAAGCUUGGAAAAGGGUUCUCCUGAGGUUUUACUUGUUUUUUUAGCACUCCCAAAUGUAGCAGGGGAGGGGAGGAUUCUCAGCCGUAGCAAAAUUCAGAUGCGUAUGUCUGAACUGAGUUCUAGUAUGUUCUCCCAUGACCCCUUUUUUUUUUAGGCUUGGAAUCGUUAGGUCCUUACAUGUUCUUAUUUGAGAAACAUCCUUUUUGAAAUCCAGUGCAAGUAAAGUAAGUACAUAUAACUCUGCGAAUUUUGUUGGAGCAAUUCAUUGUUUCUGUUCCUGAAGCAUUUCUAGUUGUAUUAUCAGUGAUAACUCUGAAAGAGUAAUGAGGGAAAAAAGAAACAUGUUAAACGCAUUUGGAAUGUUUUUUCUUAAAAGAAAAGGGAAAUGAUGUUUAAUUUCUUCAUUCUAUCCAUUGGAAUACCAACGAAUACAUCUUUAUAGUCUUCUUGAGAAAUUCUUGUGUAGACUUUGUCUACGAAAGUUGUGUGGUUUUUCCUUGUGAGGACUAAAUAUCAACAAUUGAUGCAUCAUCAUUUUAUGUAUAUAAAUUCCUGUGUCAUACAACU